CCGCGGCCGGGAUUUACCCGCCGCCGGGGCCGCCCCUGCCGCAAUCACUCCGCACGGCGGCGGCGGCGGCCCGUCCCCGGAGACGCUUCCUUCCUGCGGCGGGCGGCGGGGAGGGCCGGAGAGCCUAUAAAUCCGGCGGGCGGGCGGGCAGACGGUAUGCCAGAGAUUUGCGGCGCCGGCCGGCCCCUCCGCCGCCCGCCAUGCGGCGGCUCCCGCUGCCGCUGCCGCUGCUGCUGGCCGGGCUGGGGCUGGGGCUCGGGGGGGAACCGGAGCGGGACGCGGAGCCGGCCGCCCCCUCGGGAGCGCAGUGCCUGGAGCACGACUGCUUCGGCAUCUUCUGGGCGCCGCGGUCCUUCGCGGAGGCCGGCGCGGCGUGCGAGCGAGGCGGCGGGCACCUGAUGACCGUCCGGUCCACGGUGGCGGAGGACGCCAUCGCCCUGCUGCUCCAGAACCGCAGCGGGAGGCUGUGGCUGGGGCUGCGCCUGCCCCUUUCCUGCACCGAUCCGGCCCAGCGCCUCCGCGGCUUCCAGUGGGUGACGGGCGAUCGCCGCACCGACUACUCCAACUGGGCGCCGUCGGGGCGGCGGUGCGGGGAGCUCUGCGUGACCGUGUCGCGGGAGCUGCGCUGGGAGGAGCGGCGUUGCGAAGCGCCGGCCGACGGCUUCCUCUGCGAGUACAACUACGCGGGCAGCUGCCCUCGCCUGCCUGCCGCCGAGGGGCUGCCCGUCACCUACGCCACCCCCUUCGGAGCCCGCGGCGGGGACUUUCUGGCUCUGCCGCCCCGCAGCUCCGCCGUCAUCCCGGCCGUGGGGCUGGAGCUGCGCUGCGACGAGGAAGGGGGAAGCGGGGGGCUGCGCUGGGGCCGCGCCGCGCCGGGAGCUUGGCCCUGCCGCCUGGCUAACGGGGGCUGCGAGGGGGCUUGCGGCGAGGAGGGCGGCCGGCCGGCCUGCUCCUGCCCCGACGGCAAGGUGCUGGCCCCCGACGGCCGCGGCUGCAGCUCGCCCUGCGCCGGCGCGCCCUGCCAGCAUCACUGCGUCGUCACCGGUACCACCUUCGUCUGCAUGUGCGAUUCGGGCUACCGGCUGGCCGCCGACGGCAGCAGCUGCGAGGACGACGACGACUGCGCCGUGGUGCCGAGGCUGUGCGAACAGGUCUGCGUCAACACCGAGGGCGGCUUCGAGUGCCACUGCCACCAAGGCUACGAGAUGCUGAACGGGCGCUGCCGGCCCGUCUCCCGCUGCUACGAGGCGCCCUGCGAGCAGCAAUGCGAGGACGUGCCCGACGGGUACCGCUGCAGCUGCUACCCCGGCUACGCCGUCAACCCGCAGGCGCCCACCCGCUGCCAGCUCUACUGCAACCGCAGCCAGUGCCCGGCCGAGUGCGACCCGCACACCCUGUCCUGCGAAUGCCCCGACGGCUUCUUGCUGGACAGCGAUGCCGACAGCGGGCACGUCUGCGUGGACAUCGAUGAGUGCGACAUGAACUUCUGCCAACACAACUGCACCAACCACCCCGGCGGCUACGAGUGCCACUGCCACGCCGGCUACCGGCUCCUCGACAAGAACCACUGCGUGAAAAUCCUGGAGGAGGACGGGGAGGGAGCCUACUCGGGGGAUUUUGGGCCCUCUACCCAGGUGCCCGUCCCCAGCCAGACCCCACCGAAGGCAGAGCACCUCCACCCCGGCGUGCUGGUGGGCAUCGCCGUGGGUGCCCUCUCCGCGGCCCUGACCCUGCUGGCCCUGGGGUACCACCUGGCGAAGAAGCGCUGCAGGACCCCCGCCACCAUGGAUUACAAGUGCGGCGGCCCCCACGAAAAGGAGAUGGGACUUCAGCCGGUCGCCUCGGGGUGUGCUGCCUCUGGCCAGAAACUGUAGGGAGACCGGGCAGGAUGGAGAGACGGAGGUGGACGGAGCUGGGUAACAUUUACUCCCCCCUCCCCUGCCUUGCCCCCGCAGUUUUUUAAUGAUGAAGAAAAUCCGGGAAAAGCUGUGAUCACCCCCCCUUCCAAAAAUACUCACUGCUUUCCAAUCGGCUCUUGCAAUACUCGCGCCAGAGAGCGAGGAAAGUGGAAGACACGGAGUGCUGCUCCCUUUCGGCUCCCUUCGCAGGCAGCAGCGGGCGUUCGGCUUUCCUUUUCCCAAGCCAGCGGUCGGGGGGGGGGGCUUCAAGGAAAAACUGUGUGUGUGUGUUACAGGAGGGAUGUCUCUGGCACUGACUGUUUAAAUCCUCAUCAACCACAGGACAGGAGCACACCUGCCGCAGCUGGCCGAGUCGUCGCAGACUGCGGAAGGUCGCCUGGCCCCAAAAAGUCCCCCUCCUGUCGGCCGGGAAUUGUGCCGCUGGGCUGGAGAUGAUGGUUUUCCCGGGGUGGCGACAAGCUGGGAUGCUCCUGCCUUUGUCUGGGUUCAGUUUAGGGUUUUUUUAAACUGUUGGGUGAUGGAAGAAGGAGCAAAGAUCUCAUGGUCAGCACUUUGCCUCGCUCCUCUGCCCCCCUCUGCCUCAGCGGCAGAAAUCUCAGUUUUUGUUCCCCCCUCCCACCCCAUCUUUUGCCUCUCACCUCUGGCAGCUGAGCACUUUUCACUUAAAAUCACUAGUGACAGUGGGGACCCUGCUGAAGCAUCACCAUGUGAGGGCUAAAAUGCCCAAUUUCUAUUCCCUUGUACCAUUUCAGGGCUUUUUUUGGGGGCGCAGAGGUUAAAUGGGGUUACCGAGAAGGCCAGCGUAAUUUUGUCCAUGGUAGGAAAGGUCUUUCGGAGCGCUAGGGAGCCUCGUGUUCCUCACAAUUUCUUCCACGAUUUUCUGCCAUUGUUGGGUUAAAAUCUUUGGGUCUUUUUUUUUUCUCAAGCCCGCCUAACCGUUUUUUCCUGUUUUUCCUUUAAUCUUGUCCAGGGCUGAGUCUAAUCCAUGUUGAAGCUUGCGGCAAAACUUUCCCGGGGGGGCACGAUCCGGCCCGCAGCUUACUUUCCAGCCACGGAUUGGGGGGAAAUCUGGAAAAGUAUUUUAUGUGUUUUUCCAGCUCCAUCCCUCGGCGGGGAGACAAGGGGCAGCUCUGCAAAAACAGCACGCUGCCGGGCAGAGCUGGCGGGGCCAGGGGGUCCUGCUCCGGCAGCCGUGGUGGGAUGAAGCCGGCGGCUGUUGGUGCGGGCACGGGGCGAGCGGCGGAGCGGGUGCUGACAGCUUUAUGCCCAUGAAAUAUCAGCCUGCAGGAGCGCUUGGCUUUCCCGUGGGAAGUUUUGCAAUCCUGGGGUCAGAACUUGGGAGGGCUGGAUGCUGCAGAGGGGCUGCAGAACUCGGGGGCUUGUGUCCCCCCACAUGCCCCCCCUUACGUGCUAAGUGAGCUUGCUAUCACGCGGCAUUUCCCCCCUCCCCGCCCCAAUACGAUAGAGCUACGUUGCAGCCUCCAAGGAAAAUAAAAAGAUAUGCGUUGUAUGAACCGUAGCUUUCCUAAUGUAAAUGGUUCAACCCACUGUUUUAUACACCCGGCACAUUUGUAAAUACUUAUUUAUUUAUUGGAAAUAUACCCUACGCAAUGCACAAUCACAUGGUGAUUUUGUGUGUAGACCAAUAAAGCUUUUACAGUCUGGUUUA